CGCUUCAGGGGGCCUCGUCGGACCCUCUGAGUGAAAGAGCGUCGUGCGUGAUACGAUGGGUUCCGCCCGCCGGCAGGGCAACCCGCCGGCCGCCCCCGCGGCACGCCGACGCGAGCUGGCGACAGCCGCCGUACACCAAUAUGGCGGCCUCCUCGCUUCCGCCUGCGCGCGAUUGGUCUUCGCGGCACGCCGUCGUCGCGUCGCGCUCGGCCCGCGGUGCACCGCGCGGGUCAGUCGGCGGCCGGACCGGGAAGAUGGAUGCGGCCACUCUGACCUACGAUACCCUCCGGUUUGCUGAGUUUGAGGAUUUCCCUGAGACCUCGGAGCCCGUGUGGAUACUGGGGAGAAAGUACAGCCUUUUCACAGAGAAGAACGAGAUCCUGUCUGAUGUGGCUUCGAGACUUUGGUUUACCUAUAGGAAAAACUUCCCAGCCAUUGGAGGCACAGGCCCCACUUCAGACACAGGCUGGGGCUGCAUGCUGCGCUGUGGCCAGAUGAUCUUCGCUCAAGCCCUGGUGUGUCGGCACUUGGGUCGAGAUUGGCGGUGGACACAGCGAAAGAGGCAGCCUGACAGCUACUUCAGUGUCCUGCAUGCCUUCAUUGACAGAAAAGACAGCUACUACUCUAUCCACCAGAUAGCGCAAAUGGGUGUCGGCGAAGGCAAGUCGGUUGGCCAGUGGUACGGGCCUAACACCGUGGCCCAGGUCCUCAAGAAGCUGGCCGUCUUUGACACAUGGAGCUCCCUGGCAGUCCACAUAGCUAUGGACAACACCGUGGUGAUGGAGGAGAUCAGGAGGUUGUGCAGGACCGGUCUUCCCUGUGCAGGGGCAGCUGCCCGACCUGCUGGCACUGACUGGCAGUGCAAUGGAUUUCCUGUGGGUGCUGAGGUCACCAAUAGGCCACCGUGGAGACCCCUGGUACUUCUCAUCCCACUACGCCUGGGGCUCACGGACAUCAACGAGGCCUAUGUGGAAACUCUGAAGCAUUGUUUCAGGAUGCCCCAGUCUCUAGGAGUGAUUGGAGGGAAGCCCAACAGCGCCCACUACUUCAUUGGCUAUGUGGGAGAGGAGCUUAUCUACCUGGACCCCCACACGACACAGCCAGCCGUGGAGCUGACAGACAGUUGCAUCAUCCCUGAUGAGAGCUUCCACUGCCAGCACCCUCCAUGCAGGAUGAACAUCGGGGAGCUUGACCCGUCCAUUGCUGUGGGGUUCUUCUGUAAGACUGAAGAUGACUUCAACGACUGGUGCCAGCAAGUCAGGAAGCUGUCCUUGCUGGGAGGCGCCCUGCCAAUGUUUGAGUUAGUGGAGCAGCAGCCGGCUCACCUUGCCUGCCCUGAUGUCUUGAACCUGUCCCUAGAAUCUUCUGAUGCAGAGCGACUAGAAAGAUUCUUUGAUUCAGAAGAUGAAGACUUUGAGAUCUUGUCCCUUUGAGAAUCCUGUGGCCACUGGAUGCCGAGUGUUGGCUCUGCUGGAGCACCAUCCGCCUGCCCACCUGUGCCCUGGGAAGCACGUGCCUGCCAGAGGAGCUGCCAAAGGUCCCUGCUCCACCCGGCUGUUCUCGUCAGCUUCUGUGCUGCUGCUUGCUGGCGCCCAGGCCUCUGGUUGGUUGGGAAUUAAAGCCCUGUUCAAAGUUGCUCCAGACAU